AUGACUUCCAAGCUAGCCAUGGCGGUGUUGGCAGCCGUCCUGCUGGCUGCGGCGGGGCGUGAAGCUGCAACUCUUGGAAGCAAAGCUUUAGAACAUGGAUGCCAGUGCAUAAAGACUCACUCCACACAGGUCCAUCCCAAAUAUAUCCAAGAAUUGAGAGUGAUUGGGGCCGGACCACACUGUUCCAGCACAGAAAUCAUUGUGAAGCUCGUUGAUGAGAGAGAGCUGUGCCUGUACCCCAAGGAAAAGUGGGUGCAGAGGGUCGUGGAUGCAUUUGUGAGGCGGUCAGUAUUCGAGAUUUUAGAAAUUCGUUCUUUGUUCUUAGAUUCGGCCUACAAAUCGUUUUUCUAUGAAGCCCGCUCCCCCAGUGAGAGCCAGGGAGGGCUCUAUGGAGAAGCAGGUGCAGGGCAGCAGGCGUUUGUCAGCGCUGUGGAAGCACUUCCCCGCAAGCCGGAGCAAAGUCGUCUCCCAGGCACGUGGAACAGACGCCCUGCCUUUGAUUCCCAGCUGCCUGGCUCCACGUGUCAUCUCGUGGACAGAGACGGCAUUCGAAUGAGUGAACUCACAGUUCCUUGA